GCAGUCUAGCCUUUGGCAUCAUUCGUGAGCUCAAAAAUAAUGAUGCUCACGAGUAGCGUUGUUUUGCUGUUCUCUCUAAGUGUCACGGGCUGUUUUAAUAUCGCCGAGGCAAAAAAUGACUCUGAUCUUCAGGCAAAACCAGUCAUUCCUCUCAACAUGGUGCCUCUUUUGUUGCCGAAUUUCGGCUGGAGUGGGUUUCCAAUUAAAAUUUUGCAGUUUUUAAAACAGAUUUUGAAAAAUAUCAUCGAGCAAGCCGUCGAAAAACUAACGCCCGUCGUAUAUUGGCUAACUGAAAAGUUGAUAGAUCAACUAGCCUACCUCGCGAGUAGCGAGGACAAGAGAGUGGCCAAGAGAUACGAGUGGUCUUUUCACGACGCAACUCAAAGUGGCGAGGGCCGAAGGAGCUACCCCGUUCGCUUUGCGAGCAUCCUGUCGGCUGCAUUUAUGAUGCCGUUCAAAGCGGCUUUCGGAGCUGUGCGCUUGCUGCCCGUCGAUGCAAUUGCCAAAGGGACUUUGAAGGCUUUUAAACCCCUUGGACACAUUGCCAAAUGGCCUUUAAUUGAGAAAGCUAUAAACAAGACGAUAAUUGCCAAGGAUGCAGUCAUUCUUGUAGUUUGGGAAUUCGCAAAGGUGAAUGUUUUUCCGAGACUCGACAACGUGGCGAACGGACUGAAAGAAUCGAAUAAUCUACCUACUGUUGUACUCAAUUACCUGAACGAAGUGCAGUCUUUUUAUCACAUUUGCAAAGUAUUUGGUUUAGCGUGAUUUCGAAAGUUUUCAAAUCGAUAAAAAUGAAUUGCUUCGUAUUAAAACAAAAGUUAAUUUUACCCUGCAAUAAAAUAAUAUAAUUUGGAUUUUCAAAUAGCACAUCUGUUAAUUUUUUUCUUCUUAAAGAUUUUGUUAAUCAUUGAUACAUUUGCACAGAUUAUAAUAAUUUAAAACCUAUAUACUUACAAAUUAGAUAUUUUUCAUAAAAGUAAAAUCUCAGAUAAUGUAU